CUGGGUGUGUGAAAAUGGCAAGUGCACCACGCUUUGGAUUAUAAAUUUCUCUUUUAUCUUACAUUCUGAGGUUUUUUUUGUCAUUACGGAAGAAGAUAAGCAACCUGGGAACCUCUGCUCAAUAACAAACACGUUUGGGUGUCGGGCAAGAAAGCCAAAGCCAGGGAUCCCCUAAUGAGGACUCCCUCCUCACUGUCCUCUGCAAUUAAACAAGCAGCCAGAUGGAAAACCGGCGCUGUCAGCAUCUUCCACAGUCCAAUGGCCAGCCAGGAGAAGCCCCAGCUGGAACCCGGUCAUCUGAAAGUGAGUCCCCACUGCUGUCUGGUGCCACCUCGCUCAUCUCCCUUACCCAAACAGAGGAGCUCUUUGAUCUGAUAGCCAGCUCUCAGAGCCGCCGACUGGACGACCAGAGGGCCAGUAUAGGAGAUCGGCUGGGUAUCACGAUAGCACAGAACAACAUUGGUCAUCUUUGUGAAGCCUGUAAUCCACAUGAGCUUAGUGAUGAUUUCUUUAACAUGCUCAUAAAAUAUCAGUCUUCCCGCAUCAAUGACCAGAGGUGCUCACUGCCUCCAGCUCGGAUCCAGAUGAAGACUUUUUCAGUCUCAUUCAGCGAGUACAGGCUAAACGAAUAGAUGAACAACGAGUCUCCUUUCAUCCUGAUGAGAACGAUGCCACAGACUCUGAACCCGAGUCCAAGCCUUCCAGUUGAAGACUUCAGCAUCUAAGAGUGACUCAUGCUGCUAUGUUUAAGCACUGACAUUGAACUCAACCUGGUAUAGAUCUCUGGGCACACUUUGGUGGAACUAUUUAGCCUCACAACUUGGCCCAGAUUUGUGACAUGGAAGCGGCAAGUCUGGAACACGAUUUCUCAAUCCUAGAGCAUCACUGCAAAAGGACAUUUUAGUGUCUUCCCUCCUUCUAGCACACCCAAAUGAACCACUAACUCAUUAACAGGUCAUAUGUGCUCUAACAUGGCCAGCUUCAUGAGAUGCCAAAAGUUUAACAUACUGAAUUGUGUGUGAAGCAAGUAUCUUUAAAAGCAGUUCUAGAAAACAGACCUAAAGAUUAUUAGACCGUUAAACCAUGAUGUCUGAGAGAAUGGGGAAAAGAUUAUACUUUUUUUCAGCCAUAGCAUUAGAACCACCCGCCUAAUACUGUAUAAGCCACCUUGUGCAACCAAAACAACUCCUUAUGGUAUCUGGCACAAAGAAGUUUGCAGUAGAUCCUGCAAGUUUUGCAGGUUGUGAUAUACGGCAUCCAUGAAUUAGACUUGUUUGUCCAUUACAUCCAACAGAUUCUCAAUCAGAUUGAGAUUUGGGGAAUUUCGGGGGAACUCUUGCCGUUUUUCUCAAACCAUUUCUGCAUUUCUGCAGCGUGACAAGGCGUAUUUUCUUGCUUAAUGAAAUCACUGCUAAUAGAGAAUUCAAUUGACAUAAAGAGGUGUACAUUAUGUGCUUAUCUGUUUUUUUUCCUGUUUUUAAGACAUACCAAGAACAUGCUGCCUAAUAUAUUAAUAUAUCCCACCUCUAAAUAUGUGGGAUUGUAACAAGAUCUUUAAAGCCAUUCACUUCACCUGUCUGUGGUUCUAAUGUUAUGGCUCGGGAUAUGAUCUAACAACGGAUUUAAUGUUUCUGCCUGGUGUAUGCUUGUACCGAUUCCAAUUCAACAACAACAAAAAAAUUAACAUGUUAGGUGGGUAAUUGUAAAUGGUGUUUUCUUCGAAAACUGUGUCACGUCAACUGUUACACGUUUCGAUUUUCAAGUUAUGUGCGAAAUAAUGUCCGACCUCACCCGGAAUAUGAGCGUGUUGGUUCCUAACAGAUGGAAGUGAUGCAUUUAGCAUAUGGUAACCUAUCAUGGGACCUCUGGUUCGUCUGGCUUUGAUACAUUUAUUCAGAUGAAAGCUAAACAAAUAAAUAAAUAAAUAAAACAAAACAAUAACUGCAGGAGGCACAAUCCAAUCCAAAAACUUUACACUUGCUAAAAACGGUGCGUUUAUUCGUAAUUUUUUGUAAAGAUUUUGCAUAUAUUGUUCCUUAUUAGAACAUGUUAAAUGGUCUCUUGAAAAUAACAUUUUGUAUGUUUCAGUAAAUAAAUUAGUGUUUUAGUAGGUAUAUAUCUAUGUGCAUCUUUUAAGUAAAUCGCUUAAGGAGAGAUCAAACUUUCACAUGACACAGUUUAUUGACUCACUGACGAAAAAAUUAUUUUGCCUCAUUUUUUUUUCUUUUGUAUCUCCAUUAAUCACGUGAUCAAUAAUGCUCAUGUGCAGGGAUU